CUAUAAGAGUACGAAAUGUUUAAAAGGAAAUAGAAAAAGAGACACUUGGUAGUAGUAUCUUCUCUAUAAGAAAGGCAGUGCUAGAGGAAAUGCCAUAGUGUACCAUUCUCUUGGUAGCAUUUGGCAACACUUUCCCCCUCUCCUUACCAAUAAUGGAGAAGUUCAAUGUAGCUAGAUUUUUAUUGUUCCUUCUCCAACUUGGAACUUUGUUCAUUGCCCAUGCAUGUCCUUAUUGCCCUUAUCCUCCUUCCACUCCAAAACACCCAAAAUUGCCUCCCAAACAUCCAUCUCCUAAGGUAAAACCACCUUCUACCCCCCACCACCCCAAACAACCUCCUCAUGCAAAACCACCUUCUACCCCCCACCACCCUAAAUAUCCCCCUCAUGUAAAACCACCUUCUACCCCUACCUACCCUAAACACCCCCCACAUGUAAAACCACCUUCCACCCCUAAACACCCUACACCAAAACCAUGCCCUCCACCCCUACCUCCCCAUGUCAAGCCACCUCAUGUAAAACCUCCAUAUGUCCCAAAACCACCAGUAGUACAUCCACCUCCCACUGUCAGUCCACCCUCUGUGCCUAAACCACCAUCACCAACACCACCUGUUGUUUCACCACCAGUCACUCCAAAACCACCAGCGCCAACACCACCGGUUGUUUCACCACCAGUCAUUCCAAAACCACCUGUUGUUUCACCACCUUUCACUCCAAAACCACCAGCACCAACACCGCCUGUUGUUUCCCCACCAGUCAUUCCAAAACCACCUGUUGUUUCACCACCUGUCAUUCCAAAACCACCAGCACCAACGCCACCAGUCGUUUCACCACCCGUUGUACCCAACCCUCCAGUGGUAACACCACCACCCUACGUGCCAAAUCCCCCGUUUGUUACACCACCAGUCGUGAAGCCAUCUCCACCACCGCCUUCACCAUGCCCGCCGCCACCACCGGCAAUAGUGCCAUCACCACCUGCACAGCAGACUUGCCCCAUUGAUGCUCUUAAGUUGGGUGCUUGUGUGGACGUGUUGGGGGGAUUGAUCCACAUUGGUAUCGGCGGCAGUGCUAAGCAAACAUGCUGUCCACUUCUUAUGGGACUUGUGGAUUUGGAUGCAGCCAUCUGUCUUUGCACCACCAUUAGGCUCAAGCUCUUAAAUAUAAACAUCAUUCUUCCUAUUGCUCUUCAAGUUCUUGUUGAUGAUUGUGGCAAGUAUCCACCCAAAGAUUUCAAGUGUCCUUCAUCCUAAGUCAAGGAUGCUGCUAAAAUUAAUAGGAAAGGCUCAUUAGCUUGAGUGGGACAUUUGAUUAAUUCUGCUGCAUUUUCAUAUAUAGUUGAAGGCACACUCUGCGAAUGGGGUGUGAGAUUGCAAUUUCCAUUUUAUCAUGGCCAAUAAAUUGAAGGAAAAAGAAAGAGAGUGACAAAUGAACUCCUCCAAUGGAGAUAAGUUUGACGAGUUAUUUACCUUUCAAUAAUGUACGGAAUGUUGUAUUUUCAUUGUUUUGAUAGGAAAUACUUUUUAAGGUGCUUUAUAUUGUAUUGCCGAUUUGAAAGUAUGAACAUGCAUGAGGUAAUAAGAACCCAUAAUUCAUCCU